AUGGUUUCGAAGCAUAUAGGUCUGCCUGAGGGAGGUGGACGAGCAACUGAAGCACUAGGAGGAGUGGCAACAAGAACACCAGAGAAACUGGAAGGUGCUAUGGGUGGCCUGAUGCCACCAAGGUUAACCAUGAAGAGAAUUCAUAGGGGACGCCAAAAGAUAGAGAUAAAGAAAAUGACCGACGAAAGUAAUCUCCAUGUUACCUUCUCAAAGCGUAGAUUUGGUGUUUUUAAGAAAGCUAGUGAACUUUGCACCCUCUGUGGUGUAGAUGUGGCUGUCCUUGUUUUCUCACCGGGAAAAAAGGCAUAUUCAUUUGGCCACAAAUCUGUGGACUCAGUAAUUCAACAUUUUGUCAAUGGAGUAGCUCCCACAACCUCAGGUCCCACGGAGCUCAUACAAUCUUAUCGCGAGAAUACUAUUCGCGACCUCAAUGCUGAGCUGAUGCAGGUGCUCGAGCAGCUUGAUAUGGAAAAGAAGAGAGCGCAAGAACUUAGCAAGAUGAGGAAGGCUAACCAGGCAGAGUGCUGGUGGCAGAAUCCAAUGAGUGAAAUGAACAAAGAACAACUGGGACAAUUGAAGCUCGCCUUGGAGGAGCUUCAGAAAAAUGUGGCAAAACAAUCUCAAACUAUUCUUUUUCAAAACUUGAACAAUGGCACCCAGUCUUUUGGUCCUGGUCAAGUCAUGCUUCUUACUGCAGGGCUCAAUGGUAAUGUGUUCGAUUUCGAUCCCAAUGUGGUGCCUCCUCCUGCUGCAAUGCCUCCGGCAUAUAAUUUCGGAUUUGGAAGUAAUGGGUUUUAUUAG